AUUCCUUUCAAAGCUGAGUUGCCUUUGGGACUGGUGAAUUCUUCCUGCUUGUCAGCACAUGCAUUCCACUUUCCACUACAAAAUCCACUUUGGCCCUCUAAAUCUUACCUCACCCCCAAGCAAAGCACACCCCAUUCUCAUCUUUAUCUCUCUUCUUCACCAUUUCAGUAUUCAAACAUCAAGAUUUUUCAUCUCAAACUCAAGUCCUCUUUAUGUUAUAGCUACCCAUCAACAAUCAAGAAAUAACUAAACAUGAGAGCUGGUGGUUUCACUAUCCAACAAGCUUUAAGUGCAGAUGCAGCAACCAUCAUAAGACAAGCGGUCACACUCGCACGCCGCCGUGGUCAUGCUCAAGUCACCCCUCUUCAUGUUGCUAACAGCAUGCUUUCAUCCACCACUGGCCUCCUUAGGGCUGCAUGUCUUCAAUCUCAAUCCCACUCACACCCUCUUCAGUGUAAAGCACUUGAACUUUGUUUUAAUGUUGCCCUAAAUCGUCUACCAACAUCCUCUUCUAGCCCUAUGUUAAACCCUAAUCACUCUUCACAACAUCCUUCCCUCUCAAACGCCCUAAUCGCGGCGUUUAAGCGUGCACAAGCUCAUCAGCGGCGUGGAUCGAUUGAAAAUCAGCAACAACCAUUGCUUGCUGUGAAGAUUGAGCUUGAACAGCUUAUAAUAUCGAUUCUAGAUGAUCCUAGUGUUAGUAGAGUGAUGAGAGAAGCCGGUUUUUCAAGUACGCAAGUGAAAACUAAUGUGGAACAAGUUGUUUCUUUGGAGUUAUCCUCUCACACACCUCCUCCUAUUGCUUCCAAAGACUGUAGUAAACUUAAUAGUACCGAUAACCAACAUCAUAGUCAGGUUUUGGUGAGGAAUGAGGAUGUGAUGUGCGUAAUCGAAAAUCUUGUUGAUAAGAAGCGAUCACAAAGUUUUGUGGUUGUCGGUGAGUGUGUUGCUACCAUUGAAGGUGUUGUAGGAAAAGUGAUGGAAAAGGUUGACAAAGGUGAAGUUCCUGAAGCUAUAAGAGAUGUUAAGUUUAUUAGAUUUCCUCUACUCUCUUUUGGACAGCUCUCUAGAGGAGAUGUAGAGCAAAAACUUGCAGAAUUAAGGAGUCUAGUAAAAGGGUAUGUGCAAAGAGGGGUUGUGCUUUAUGUAGGAGAUCUUAAGUGGAUUUCUGAGUAUAGGAUUAGUUCCUUGGGUCAUGGAAGGGGAUACUAUUGCCCGAUUGAACACUUGAUUAUUGAGUUGGGACGAUUAGUUUCGAGUAUAAAUGAUGAGAUUAGCUCAAAGCUUUGGGUAAUGGCUAUAUCAUCUUUUCAAACGUACAUGAAGUGCAGAAAUGAUAUCCCUUCACUAGACAUCAUUUGGAAGCUUCAUCCUCUUACUAUACCAGCUGGGAGCUUAAGCUUGAGUCUUGUUCCACAAAGUGAUAACGAAGAUGAGUGUGGAAGCAAGAAUGGUGACAAUAGGGAUAUUCGAAUGAUGCUCGAAAGCGGAGACGAGAAGCAACUUACAUGUUGCUUCGAUUGCUCCAUGAAUUUCAAAAUUGAAGCGAAAAGCUCAAGAUCCUCAAGCCUCCCCUCAUGGUUGGCUGAUGAGAAAAUACAAGUCAAUAAUCAAGAUCAGGAAUGUGUUUCAGUAAAAGAGUUGUGCAAGAAAUGGAACUCAAUCUGCACUUCAGUUCAUAGAACCAAACCCUUGUUUCAAAGAAGCUUAAGCUUCUCUUCUGUUUCACCUCCUUCACCAGCUUCUUGCUUUUCCUACAAUCAAGAAAACCCUAAUUCCAAUAGACCCUCAAAACUUUUGGACUUUACUGCCUUGGAUAAAAACUUUGAACCAUAUAAUAUUCAAGAUGAGGGAGAGCCCAGACAAAGGUUUCCAUCAAACCCUAAUUCCACUCCAAAUUCAGCUUCUUCAAGCGAUCUAAUGGAGGUGGAAUAUGUGCAAAAGUUCAGGGAGUUCAAUGGAGAGAACUUGAAAAUUUUAUGCAAUGCGUUGGAUGAGAAGAUUCCAUGGCAGAAGGAUAUUGUUCCAGAUAUCGCGGGCACGAUAUUAAAAUGCAGAUCCGGAAUGUUCAGAAGAAAAGACCAGCAAAACAACGAUGAACCGAAAGAAGAAACUUGGUUUUUCUUUCAAGGAAUUGAUUCACAAUUAAAAGAGAAGAUUGCUAAGGAAUUAGCUAAGAUUGUUUUCGGGUCGUGUUCGAAUUACAUUACAAUUGCUCUAAGCAACUUCUCAACGUCCCCAAGAGUUGAUUCGACCGAUGAACCAAGAAACAAGAGGUCUAGAGAUGAACAAAGUUGUAGUUAUCUUGAAAGAUUUGCUGAAGCAGUGUCUGUGAAUCCUCAUAGGGUUUUCUUGGUUGAGGAUGUAGAGCAAGCAGAUUAUUGCUCUCGAAUAGGUAUCAAACGAGCCAUCGAAAGAGGGAAACUAACAAACUCCAAUGGUGAAGAAAUUGGUUUUCGCGAUGCAAUUAUCGUGUUGAGUUGCGAAAGCUUUAGCUCAAGAUCAAGAACAUGUUCUCCACCAGUGAAGCAGAAAGUGCAAGAAGAAGGAAGCCCUUGUGCCUCUUUGGAUUUGAAUAUCUCAUUUGAUGAAUAUCAUGAUGAGGAGCAGUCCAUGUGCAUGGAUGAUAUAGGGUUACUUGAAUCCGUAGACAAAUGUAUCAAUUUCAAUACUCAAGAUUUGUCACUGUAAAUCUUGAAUCUUGAACUUAAUAUCCUAUUCAGUUGUCUCUAAAUUUAAACGCAAAAACUUUUUCUGACUUCAAAUCCA